AUGACUUCCGAGGCGGCAAUACCAGAUAGUGAGAAAGUGCGAAUUGUUUCCGAUUUUUUGCAACACGCUCCACCAGGUGAAUUCAAUGAGGUUUUCAAUGCUGUUCGUAUGUUACUGAACAACGACCAGUUGCUGAAAGAAGGAUGCGCACAGGCUAUCACGAAAUACAACGAAAGCCAAUUCGCUCCGGUGAAACUUGAAGGGGUUGAGAAACAGACACUUGUGACGCCAUUCAACGAUAUUGGAGGAGGUCGCUACGUGGAUGAUGCGUCGAAGAAAUCCUUCAAGUAUGAUCAUCUUCGGAAGGAGGCCAGUGACAUCCAGCCGUAUCCAGCAGAAUCGAGCGCUUUAGAAUCGUGGCGUGUAGCUCUGCAAAAGGAAUUAGAUGCAUAUAUAGAGGAACAUUACUCGAAAUCUGGUGUAGGAUGCGUGUUCGUUCGUCAUGGAAAUUUCACAUUAUGCAUAGAGUCACAUCAGUUCCAGCCGAAGAAUUUUUGUAACGGUCGCUGGCGAUCCGAGUGGAAAGUGCCAGUCGGUGAAGGGAAGUCAGGCAGUCAGGAGCUUGUGGGCAAAAUCAAAGUGCAGGUACAUUAUUAUGAAGACGGCAACGUGCAGCUGUUCUCUGAGAAAGAAUGCAAUGUAAAGAUACAAAUAAGUAGCGAUGUUGAGAAGACGGCAAAAGAAAUAAUCCAGGCCAUAAAAGACGAGGAGGGGAAAUAUCAGCAAGCUGUGCAGGAGAACUAUGCAUCUAUGUCGGACAACACAUUUAAAGCACUUCGAAGACAACUGCCGGUAAUUCGCGCAAAAAUGGAUUGGCAUAAGGUGCAAUCGUACAGAAUUGGCCAAGAAAUGAAACCGCAGUAA